UAUAAAAUGAACCAAGAGCUUUUAGUCUGGGUCAUUAUACCAUCAGCUCACCAAUGCAAAGUAAGCAUGACUGCAAUCUACCUGAUGUCCAUGAUUUUUGGCCUUGCAUGUGGGCAAGUGAUGUCUUUUUGUUUUCCAACUGAGUAUGUGAUGCAUGUCGAAAGGAAAGAGUGUGCUUAUUGCCUAACCAUCAACACCACCAUCUGUGCUGGAUAUUGUAUGACACGGGAUAUCAAUGGCAAACUGUUUCUUCCCAAAUAUGCUCUGUCCCAAGAUGUUUGUACAUAUAGAGACUUCAUGUACAAGACUGUGGAAAUACCAGGAUGCCCUUACCAUGUUAAUCCCUAUUUCUCUUACCCUGUAGCUGUAAGCUGUAAGUGUGGCAAGUGUAAUACUGACUACAGUGACUGUAUACAUGAGGCCAUCAAGACAAAUUAUUGUACCAAACCUCAGAAGUCCUAUGCGGUGGGGUUUUCUAUCUAACUUCAAUAGUGAUGUAACUUGCAAUUCAGUUAAGU